UGUUUCUAAAGUCCACCUCAAGGCAGAAGAGUGCAUGGAGUUGCCUCCGGGCUUCAGGUUCCACCCCACGGACGAAGAGAUCAUCACCCACUACCUCAUGCCAAAGGCCAUCGACACUUCAUUCUCUUCGAGGGCCAUGGGAGAGGUGGACCUCUACAAGUGCGAGCCAUGGGAGCUUCCAAGCAAGGCGAAGAUGGAAGAGAAGAAAUGGUACUUCUUCUGCCAGAGGGACAGGAAGUACCCUACGGGGGUGAGGACCAACAGGGCCACCGAGGCCGGCUACUGGAAGGCCACCGGCAAGGACAAGGAGAUCUACAAGGAGAGAGGAUCAGUGCUCGUGGGCAUGAGGAAGACGCUGGUGUUCUACCAAGGCAGAGCCCCCAGAGGCCAGAAGACUAACUGGGUGAUGCAUGAGUUCAGGCUCCACACUUCUUUUCAAAGAUCAUCUGCACCAAAGGCAUGCAUGCAACAAGAUAAUAUAAUCAACUUAUGUUUUAUUAUAUAUGCUCUAAUUAAUUAAUUGGGUGAUCAUGUUAGUGCAGGACGAAUGGGUUGUUUGCAGGGUCUUCCACAAGAACAGAGGAAUUACAAAGAGAAGCCCAGUGGAAGAGCUGCCAUAUCUGAUGAGCUCAAACGGUGCACCUCAAGCUCAAGCUCAUGCUCAUGGCCUGGACUACUUGCAGUUGCACCACCAUCAUGAUAUUGCAAUUAGGAGGCACAGCAGGAUGAUGGAGCAGGUCUUCGUGGGGUGCCCCUCGCAAGAGCACACUGGCCUGAACACUGACUGCGGCACGGUCACUGCGUCGGCGAUGAGGUUUGAGGAUUACUGGGAUCCAUCUUCUUCUUCUUCUGGAGGAGGAGCCAUGGGUUGGGGCACCGUGUGGAAGUAGUUAAUCAGGCAUAUGAUGAUAUGCAUGAUUUUAUUUUUUAAAACUAUUUAAAUGUCAGACUUCAUUAGAUUAAUUUUAGAUAGACUGUUAUGAUUA